AUGUCGACGAAGACAAAAGUUCGUGUUGGAAAGAAAAAGGGCAAGAUUCUUGUGCCAAAAUGGAAAUUGUUUCGAGCCAAAGAGCCGCUCCUCUCGGUUUUCAUGUGGGGUGUUAAUCACACCGUUGACCAAUUGAUGCAUGUGCCGCCGCCUGGAUUAUUGAUGCCUGAUGACUUCAAAGCUUAUACAAAAGUUAAAGUUGAUAAUCAUCAUUUCAACAAGGAUAUUAUGCCAAGUCAUUAUAAGGUCAAAGAAUAUUGCCCAAAUGUGUUUCGACACCUUCGCGAACAAUUCGGAAUUGAUCAAUACGAAUAUCUUCGCUCGUUGACCUCAUACGAACCAGAACCGGACCAACUCGAUGGUUCAGCGAAGGAUGCGACUCCUCGGUUUUUCGUCUCAUAUGACAAACGAUUUGUGAUCAAGUCGAUGGAUUCGGAAGCCGUUGCUGAGAUUCAUUCGGUCCUUCGCAACUAUCACGAAUAUGUUGUUGAGAAACAAGGAAAAACACUCUUGCCACAAUAUUUGGGACUUUACAGAUUAACAAUUGACGGGUCUGAAAGCUAUUUGAUCGUCAUGAGGAAUGUGUUUGGAAGGAAAUAUGGAAUUCAUACCAAAUUUGAUCUCAAGGGCUCAACUGUCUCACGAGCAGCAUCCGAAAAGGAAAAAGCGAAAGAUUUACCGACGCUAAAAGACAAUGAUUUUCUCGAGCAGAACAUGAAACUCGCGUUGCCGGCUGAUGCCCAUCAUCAGCUCCUUCAAAUGCUCUCAAUAUUCAUUAACAAAAUUGCAAAUAGGAAGUAUAAAUAG